UUCCUAUGAUAUGAACUUAAUCUGUACCCAAGAAAUAAGAAUUAUUAAAAGAGUAGUUGAAUUUUGGACGUUUAAUCUGUGGACUUAUCUACAUGGUCAUCAUUUUCUUGUUUCUUUUUCACCGGUCAUGUGCUGCGCACUAAAACAUAGUUUAGUCCCUUUUCUAUUUUUCGGAUUUAGAUUACUUUUUACUUAGCGCACAUAUAAUCUAUACAGAAGCAUGAGUUUGGUCUUUAUGGUUGCGCUAGCGGCUCUUGUCUCCAAGUAAGACAUGUGGAUGUGGUAACAAGAACAUACAAUUGUUUUUAGUAUAGACUUUUGGUAAAUAUUUGGCUUUUUGGUAAUGAGUAAAAAGCCAAAUAAAUUACCAAAAGUCAGGAGAAUUUAUUUGGCUUUUUACUCAUUACCAAAAUUCUGACAACACCAUUGGUUUUGAAGCUUAUCGGUUAAAAGCCAAAUAAAUUCUCCUGACUUUUAAGGAAUUUAAUAUUAAAUGACUAGAAUUAACCAUAACCACUGAAAUUUUGCAGGUUUAUGGUUUUAAAUUCUCUGAGGACAUCAACGGGCCUACAAGUUCUACAUCUUUCAUUCACUUGCACGUAUAUGCAUCUAAAAAUUUAAUGACAUGGUCAUGUCUUUUCAGAAGAUGUUUUAGUCCACAAGUUGAUGAUCAUACAAGAUUGAUUACUAACUUGGGACCCUUUAUGAUCACAUACAACAGAGACAGAAACAUGUGUUAUGUUUGGUUUGGUACCUCUGAGUUUUUCUAAACUCUAGCUUCUCUUUAUAUAUAUAUAUACAACAAUCCUAUGGGAUUACUCAUCAAUAUACAUUGCAUUCAAAAAGAGCUAUACAGCAAGUUACAAAUCUCUUGUGCUUUUUGAUUAAAGCAAGUCAUUUCCCUGAAAAUAAUGAUCAACACAAAGAAGCUACUCAAGAUGGCCAAGAAAUGGCAACAAAGAGCAGCCCUCCACAGGAAAAGAAUCUCAUUCCAAAGAUCAAGUACAUCUACUAGCAGCUCAACCGCAGUAGAAAAGGGUUGCUUUGUUGUUUACACGGCGGAUAAAGCACGCUUUGCUUUUCCGUUAAGUUACCUGAGCAACUCUAUUUUCCAAGAGCUCUUUAAGAUAUCUGAAGAAGAGUUUGGCCUCCCAUCAGGCGGACCAAUCACCUUGCCUUUUGAUUCGGUUUUCUUAGAGUAUCUGAUCAAAUUGAUCGAACUACGAAUGGAUGGAGAUACAGAAAGAGCUCUGUUAAUGUCAAUCUCUAGUGCUAGAUGUUCUUUACCAUGCACUUUUGAACAACAAGAACAACUGUUUGUAUUUUAGAGAGCUAGUGUGUAGCAAUUUCUGCCUUUGUAAGAAUUUAAUUAUCUUAGAUUAUAAAGAUUAUUUCAGAAAUAUAAACCAUUCUUUUUCCC